AACAACCCUCUCCCCUCUCUCACGAAGCCAGCAGAGAUACGAAGAGAAUCAUUAAACAGAAUAUUCCGAUGACCGGAGAAUUCGAACUUGCGAACAGUUACCAGAUCUGCGACGAGAUUGGCAGAGGACGAUUCGGAACAAUCACUCGCUGUUUCUCUCCCGCGACGAAAGAGUUCUACGCGUGCAAAACGAUCGACAAGCGCGUGCUCGUCGACGCUCUCGAUCGCGAGUGUAUAACGACGGAGCCGAGGAUCAUGGCGAUGCUGCCGCCGCAUCCCAACAUCGUCAUGAUCCACGACCUCUUCGAGACGGAGGACACUCUCGCGAUCGUCAUGGAGCUCGUCGAUCCGCCGACGACGAUCUACGAUCGGCUGAUCUCCGCCGUCGGAGGAAGGCUAUCCGAAUCGGAAUCCGCCUCGUACGCGAGGAAGCUCCUCCGCGCGGUGGCUCAUUGCCACCGCCGCGGCGUGGUUCACCGCGACGUGAAACCUGACAACGUGCUAAUCGAUCUCGGAAGCGGCGGAGUUAAGCUCUGCGAUUUCGGAUCGGCGGUGUGGCUCGGCGGAGAAAAGACGGAGACGGCGGAGGGAGUGGUGGGGACGCCGUAUUAUUUGGCGCCGGAGGUUGUGAUGGGGAGGAGGUACGGCGAGAAGGUGGAUGUGUGGAGCGUUGGCGUUGUGAUAUACACUAUGUUGGCCGGAGAGCCGCCGUUUAACGGCGAGACGGCGGAGGAGAUAUUCGAAACGAUACUGAGAGGGAAUCUGAGGUUUCCUCGGAAGGUGUUCGGAUCGGUAUCAGCGGAAGCUAAGGAUCUAUUGAGGAGAAUGAUUUGCCGCGACGUUUCCAGGAGAUUUUCAGCAGAAGAUGCUCUUCGUCAUGCAUGGAUCGUGAACGUGGGGAACCUACAAAGCAAUUAACUGAAGCUCUCUAUGGUUUCGAAGUUUUUGAUUAGAGUUAAAGAGUGGUGAUAUCAUAUCGAUGUGUAUUAGUGUAUUCGAGUAUAGGUCAAACGUACGUAGCUGUAUUUUAAUAAUCCUACGGUUUGAGCUUCGGUUUUAGAGAAUGUUGCCUGACAACAUUUUGUAACGACCCGAAUAAAAAUGACCUUGAGA